GUUGUCCAGCGCUGACUCUGUACGUAGAGACACUUGGCGCGCUUGGUUCUUUGACAACGACCUGAGACCUACUGCGAGACAGUAGGGGCCCAGUUCAGUUGAGACUACCGUUUUGUGUCUUGAGCACUGCCGUCGAAGUCGUUCACGUAACUUGGCUUGAAGGCUUCGUACGUACAUUGCUGUACUCUGCGUUGUCUAGCACGCGCCCAACGGUACUGCAAUUGACACCUCGCCUCAUCACUACUACACAGGGUAGCUAAGUUUACCCCUCUACACCAGACCUGUCUGUCUAAGGCUUGUAGUUGACGCGCAAUGGCCACCAUCUCAACAGUCCUGCGUAACUUCCGAGAGCCAACACGCGAGGAGCUCACGCGUAUCUUCUUCUCUCUUCCACCUGAUGACGUUGAAUCAGUAUCGAAUGGUUCGUCCUCGAAGAAUGGUACGAAUGGGAAGGCUGGGGAGAAAUUGAAUUUGGGAGGGGUGCCCGCGACGACACCGGAAGAACGCGGAGAGAUGGAGAUCAAUGCCGUGUUGAGUCUUGGGGAGGAGGGUGUGGAGGAUUCAUAUGCUGGGAAGUUGUACCUACUUCCACCAUUCUUAACGUUCGCGUCGCUUGAUCGGAAGAGCGUACGCUUUACGCUCCCGUUGUGUAUCGUACGUCGUGUUGAGCGGCUUAAUACGCGCACGGGUGUCUUUGCACUCAGUCUGCUGGUAUGGCACGGGAUGAAAAUCGUCAUACAAUUGACGGCUCUCCGUCCAACCGCAGACCUCUUCUGCGCCCUACUCCGCGACGCACUAAAGAAACAACUCGAGCGCGGCCAGAUGAAAGCGAUGAAAGCCUUCGUCAAGACGUGUUAUUCGGAGGAGUUAUUGUCUGCUGGUGGUGCGCCUGAUGUCGAUCAGGAGAAAGCCGCUGCGGAUGCGAGUCAGUCUCCGCAGAGCGAUACUGGUGGUGCUGGAGAUGUUAAAGUUCAGGAUGGAGAACCAAAGUUCCAUGGAGGGCUUGGGUUAAAGUUUAAGUUCCCUGGUGAUCCUAAGAAGCUCCGGGAGGCUUCGAAGAUUAAACUCUGGACACAGUACCUCCGAUCCCACGGGAGGAGCCUCUCACUCCUUCGAUACCCUCAAUUCACGCGUCUAGUCCAAGUCGGCCUGCCAAAUCGCCUUCGGGGCGAAAUAUGGGAAACACUUUCCGGAUCUCUAUACCUCCGUUUCGCUAAUCCAGGACUGUACCAGAAGAUUCUUGAUGACAACAAGGAUAGGACCACGGCGAGUAUGGAUGAUAUUGAGAAGGAUUUGCAUAGGAGCUUGCCAGAGUAUUCGGCGUAUCAGAGCGAGGUUGGUAUAUCGACUUUACGACGCGUGUUAACUGCAUAUAGCUUCAGAAAUCCGGAGCUUGGAUAUUGUCAGGCUAUGAAUAUUCUCGCAGCUGCGAUUUUAAUAUACAUGUCCGAGGAGCAAGCAUUCUGGUUACUCGAAGUCCUCUGCGUAAGGCUUCUUCCCGGAUACUACAGCCCAUCAAUGCACGGGACUCUUCUAGACCAACGUGUAUUCGAGUCGCUGGUGCAGAGAUGCCUGCCCAUGAUCCAUGAUCAUUUCCAUGCAGUCGACGUUCAAUUGUCUGUCGCGUCUUUGCCUUGGUUUUUGAGUUUAUACAUCAAUAGCAUGCCUAUGAUCUUCGCAUUCCGGAUUGUGGACUGCUUCUUCUGUAUGGGUCCGAAAGUAUUGUUCCAGAUCGGGUAUGCUAUACUGAAAAUCAACGGAGAGGCCUUGCUUGAGAUACAAGAUGAUGGUCAAUUCAUUAGCUUGAUGCGCGACUACUUCGCUUCACUCGGCGACUCUGCUCAUCCAGAGUCAUCCGACCCACGUAUGCGGGCUAUCACACGCUUCCAAGAGCUCUUACUCGUCGCUUUCCGCGAGUUCUCCGUCAUCACCGACGAGACCAUCCAAUCCGAACGACGAAAAUUCCGCGGCGAGAUUAUCCGAAGCAUCGAAUCCUUUGCAAAGCGCUCGGCGCUUCGCAGUCUUAGACGAACAGGACGUUUCAACAAGGAACAAUUAGGAUUGAUCUAUGAUGCGCUGUUCAAGGCGAUUUGCAUUGAGCCUGCUGUUGUUAAUGAGAAGAUUCCGACUAUGCUUUUGAAUACGGAGUUGAGCGAGGAACAGCAGAAGCAGGAGACGAGGAUUGGGUUGAAGACGUUUAAGUUGUUCUUGAGUGAGAUAUGUACUUGGGCGAGGGAUGAUAAGAUUAUUUUGAAUGGGUUCCAGGAACGCAUUGAUCGAGAAAUUGCGGAUCACGAGCUCAUUGAUCGUCUCUUUUUCUUCUGGGAUAGUUCAUGUCGUGGUACGCUGUCGCUACAGGAUAUUGUAGAUGGUCUGGAUGGCGUCAUGUUCAACGACCUCAUGGAGAACAUCGAAUGGUUCUUCAAUCUGCAUGACAAGGACAAGGACGGCUCUUUGACGAAAGACGAAUUGCUAAAUUUAUCCGAAUCACUGCUGUUCAUCUUCCGAUUUGAAGUUGGCGAUGCUUAUUUGGGAGCUGUGAGCCGGUUCAUGACGAAUGCAUUUGAGUAUGGCGACGCGUUGUUACCAAGGGUCGAGGGCGAAGAUGAAACAAAGACUCCGCCCAUUGCGAACAACCAGCCUUAUUUGAACCUUGCUACGUUCCGGAUGGUUGUUCUCGCUGACGAGAUUCUCGAAUCUUUCUUCCAAACUGACCUAUCUGCAUCAUUCCAACUUGAGAACCUCUCAGUCGAAGUACCUCUUCCACAGUCGAACAGUGGCUUCCUUGGUGGUCUUAUCUCGAGCAUCGUCACGGACGACAACAAGAAAAUCUUUAACCGGUUCACGGAUGAAAUUGGGAAGACCAUUGGAAGGCACCAGGUUAUUCACAAGCCAUCGAUUGGUCGACAGCAGCAAUUACAAGAACCAAAAGCACGCGAAUCCCUGCUCACCCCAUCCGUGCGUCGCUCAACGUCCCGCUCAAGUCUCACAACAACCGAAACCGCCACCACCUCCACACUCGCACCGUCCUCCUCCUCUUCGCUCGACAUCAACAAGGAAGUUCCGCCUCCUCCGUCUUCAUCGACAUCGACAGAACUACUUUCGCCAUUACCGCAUAUUACGGCUGCGAACGCAGCACUGAUGGAGCGUCCGGCUUUCGCGAUUGACGAUGCGAAGGAUGAGGAUGACGACGAUGAGGAAGGGGACGAGAACUUUGGGAUUGGUGGGGAUGAUGAUGAGGUUAUGGAUGAAGUUGAUGCGUUCCUCGAGGCGCAUGAUUCGGGGCUAUCGGCAGCGGAUCAAGAGCUUGCUAAAGAUCUUGCUAAAGCCCCUCCUAUGAAGUAGUAGUAUAAGAAGAAGUGGACGGUUUCCCCAAACCUUUGAUAUUAUCGCAGUAAUCCAGACCUUUGUAUCGUUUGUAACAUCAUUAGAUUGCACGUUUGUCAAUUAAUUGUUG